GAACCACACUGCUCUUUCUAAUCCACUACUACAGAGAAUCUUAUUAGAGUGUGUGUUUGCUUAGUACAUUUGUCUUCAAUCCUCUUGUGUUGCUAAGGAAAAUGGCUUACUCAAAGACUUUCCUUCUUCUUGGUCUUGUCUUUGCUGUGGUUCUUCUCGUCUCCUCCGAGGUCUCAGCUCGUGAGCUAGCUCAGGAGACUGAGCAAACUGACGCAGUGAAUGAGGACAAGUACCAUGAUCACGAUCACCAUGAUCACGAUGACCAUGAUCACGAUCACCAUGAUCACGAUCACCAUGAUCACGAUCACCAUGAUCACGAUGGAGGUCAUGGUGCUGCUGGAAAGAAACUUGAAGAGACCGAUGAUCACGAUCACCAUGAUCACGAUGGAGACGGUGAUCACCAUGAUCACGAUCACCAUGAUCACGAUGGAGGUCAUGGUGCUGCUGGAAAGAAACUUGAAGAGACCGACCGACGUGGACGUCGUGGUGGUGGCAGAGGACGUCGUGGUGGUGGCCGUGGACGCCAUGGAUAACCAGGUCAAUAGGUCAUGGUGCUGCUGGAGAGAAACUUGAAGAGACCGACGAAAAUUAGAUUAAUCCUUUGUCCUAAGGUUUCUGAAUGGGUGUGUCUUAUCAAUAUGUGUUACUUGUCUAAGCUUGUAUGCCAAUAAGGUUUAACUUUCAACCAUAGUUUCUACCCAAAAUAAAAAAAACUCUCGACCACAGUAGCUGUAUAAGCUUUAUCUUUGUUUUCUUUGUCAUGUAUGUCCUUUUUAUGUAAUAAAAAACGUGCUUGGACUUGUGAAA